AUGGAAGAAUUCUCAUUUCCAUUUCCUCCCUACAAUAUACAACUGGAUCUCAUGCGGGAGAUCAAACAGUGCAUUGAUAAUGAACAGGUCGGGAUUUUUGAAUCUCCCACAGGAACAGGGAAGUCGUUAAGCGUGUUGUGCGCAACGAUGACAUGGCUUGAAGAGUUUGAACGAAAAACAGAGGAGGAUCUGCUUAGGGACGCAGGCCUUAAGGAAAAUGUUGAAGAAGAAGGUUUAUUUGGAUUUGUUGGUAGUUACUUAUCUAAGUACACGAAGUGUAAUUCUGGAAAAGAAUUGAUUAUUGGACAGCGGCCCUCUUCCAGGAGUGGACCUUUGCCUAUCCAGGAAGAGCUUGGGAACAUUGUUUCAAAAUCAUUUAGUUAA